UAUGGUGGACGCGGCAGCUUCCAUGGCUUCGCGGGCGCCUGGGGAAGCCGCGGAGCUUUCCGCGCGCGCGCAAAUGUUUGAAACUCUCAUACAGAACUACUGCGGUGAUGACCCACUUGAUCCUUGGUAUAGGUAUUUUCAGUGGGUUGAAGGUGUACCGGAAGCAGAAGGGAGACAAAAGUACCUGCUGUACUUGCUGGAGCGGCUUGUGAAAAUAUUUUUAAGUGACAAGCGGUACCAGCAUGAUGCAAGAUUCAUCAACUGCUGUGUGACGUUUGCCGACUUCAUCGAUAACCCGAGCAAUUUUUUUGACUAUUUGUGCAGCCAAGGGGUUGGUAACAAGUCAUCUCUUCUGUAUUGUGCUUGGGCUCAGAAGCUUGGCAUGCAAGGAAAUAUAUCUCAUGCAAGCGCUGUUAUUCAAAAGGGUAUUCACAAUAGAGCAGAACCAAUUGAGAAGCUGCAUCAACAGUACAGAUUUUUGCAGAGUUGCUUACCUCGGAAUCAAAUUUCAAAUCAUGUUGGUGUUCUGCAGCCUCUUAACCCCCAAAUGUCAAAUCAGAUGGCUCCUAAAGAAGGCCCAGUCUGUGCUAAUCAAAAUCAGAAUCCAGCCAAUUCUGAAAAACAGCCCGUCUGUAGGGGAGAAGAAAAAAUGGAACAGCCUAGAUAUGUCACCACCAUUUCCAGGUCAGAAAUCCUACCGACUCCAUCCAAUGCUAACCUUGAGCAGAAGGUCAUGUACGACAAGAACCUUCUCUUCUGUGAAGGUUCUGAAUUGUGCUUCGAAGAAGUAAGAGCAAAUGCGCAUUUUAAAAAGGCUGAGCAGCUGAAAAGGAACAAAAAAUGGGAGGAUGAUGAGAGAGAAUUUUUGACGAAGAAGGAAAAUGACCUCCUUGAGCUACAGAAACUACAGCAGAGGCUAGAUCAGCUCUCCCAGACAUCAUCAUCUUCCCAGAAAACUGCAGCACAGCCAUCUACUGUGCAGUCCUUUCAAAGCUCCACAGUGGGUGACCCAUACAUACAAACCUGUGCAGCUCAGGGUCGGCCAGAGUGGGCAGUACCUUCCCUAGCUGGAUAUCUACAAAAGUCUUUGAAUUUGGGGACAGAACAUCAGAGUUUGGCAUCAGGUGCUUCAGCUUCGCAGCUGGUAGUAAAUCAGCAGCAAAUAUCAGUUUCUGAUGAGAUUUCGGUGUGUGGUGCUUCAGCUACACAACCAGUCAGGAAUUUCCAGCGACAACCAGCCUUGAUUUCUACAUCAACCAUACCCAGCGGAAAGGCUGCAUCCAAAGCGAAACUUGAUCUUGAAGAUUGUGAGAAUAGUUUGCACAGAUUUCAAGUCAUCUCUGAUGAUCAGCCGCCCCAGAAACGUGCUAUCCUCGCUAACAUUUACCAUCAUGGAGAGCAGCACUUGGAUACAUCUCAUCAGAAACCGCAACACUCCGCAGAAAUGAGAGAUGCAUCGGGUGGUAGAAAUUCUUCCAUUUUCAAUGACAGCCGUCAUGCCACUCCAAACACAUCAAGUAGGAUACAAGCGACUCCGUCUAAAAUACUUCCAUCUCCUACCGUUCACACUAAAGAGGCCCUGGGAUUUAUCAUGGAUGUCUUCAAAGCAUCUUCUUUCAAAGAUACUACUAUACUUUCAGAAGAUGAAGAUGAAGAUGAGUUUGAGGCCUACUGUAGAAAUAACGGACUGGGCAAGGCUUCCAGCAUUAAGCCCAGUGCUCCUGUGGCACCGCCUGCCUUUACGAUCUUUGAAGACGAGAAUGCAGAUGUUCCCAUACAUCCCCCAAAGUUGACAGGACCCAAAGUCUUUGGAGAACGUCCCACAGUCAGCUGUGCUGCCAAAUCAGCAGAGGAAAGUUCGCCAACGGAGGGCCUGAAGGAUGACUGCACCGUGUGGGCUAAUUUCAGCAACAAGACCCUGGCUCCUACCCCAGGUAGCACAGGAGAUUUUGCUUGUGCUGCAUCACUCGCCUCUACGCCAUUCCGCACCAUACCACUGUCAGCCUGUCAACAGACUCAGGGUAAAGUUAUUGAAGACCCUUGGAGCGACAGCUUAAUUCAUCAGCUUCUGCUUGGGCUGCCCAAGCCAAUAAGUGCCUACUCAAAUACUUUUGAAUGGGGAUCAAGUCUUCCAGUUCUCAAACCGAAAGCUGAACUCAAAUUGGCAACCACAUCCUUUCAUGUUGACCUCUUACUGGGAGAAGGAGCUUUUGCACACGUCUAUCAAGCUUCUGUCCUUGAUAUGGAAAACAUGAAAAAUAAUCGGAAAGUCAUACUGAAAGUGCAGAAGCCAGCAAGCCCCUGGGAAUUCUACAUAGUAGCUCAGCUAACAGAAAGGCUUAAACCAAGCUUGCGCCAUCUUUUCAUCCAGUUCUAUUCUGCUCACUUUUUCCGCAAUGGAAGCAUUUUAGUUGGCGAGCUUUACAGUUAUGGGACUUUGCUGAACACCAUAAACAUAUACAAAAAGCUGGUGGAGAAGGUGAUGCCCCAAGUGCUUGUUAUCUACUUCACCAUACACAUUUUACGCAUGGUCGAAGAGCUUCACAGCUGUGGGAUAAUUCAUGGCGACAUUAAACCCGACAACUUUGUUUUCAGUGAAAGGUUUUGGGACAACGACACCUGCGAUGUGGAUAGCGUGUCUCAUGGCUUGACCCUAAUUGACUUUGGCCGAAGCAUAGACAUGAACCUGUUUCCUGAAGGAACUGUAUUCACAGGAAAAUGCAAAACAUCUGGAUUUCAGUGUACUGAGAUGAUGACAAACAAGCCAUGGAAUUACCAGACUGAUUACUAUGGUAUUGCUGCAACAGUCUACUGCAUGCUAUUUGGCACAUACAUGAAAGUGAAACAUGAGAAUGGAAUCUGGAAACCUGAUGCUCUCUUUAGGAGGAUCCCUAAUGCAGAACUCUGGACUGAUUUCUUCUUCACCUUGCUGAAUGUACAAGACUGCAACCACAUUCCUUCGUUGGGAGCACUGCAGGCAAGAUUGAGAGACGUAUUUCUGAGCACUUGUGCCAGUAAAGUAACAAUGCUCCGUAAAAGGCUUGCAGUGUUGCUCGUGGAAAACAAAAGUUCACGAAAGUGAAUCUUGGGACUCCAAGGUCCACAAACACGCCUGAAUAGAAAAUGCUCCCCACCUUAUUGUAACUAUGAAUAUAAUAAAUUUAACAGUGCCUAGGAAACAAGUAUAGCAGCUUGGAAACUGCGUAGCUAAGAAAAUAGGGAAAGGAUUGAGAAUGGGACGCUAGGGUACUAUGACGAGUGGAUGGAGAAGAAUUAUAAAGGCUUGGGGGAAAAGAUGCAUUACUGUAACCACUAAGAUGAGGAUGUUUAUAGAAGGGGUCUAUUUUAUGUAGAGGAGAAAUUUUAACUGCCAUGUUCUGGAAUGAGUUUCUCAGGCUCUGAACUGUUUACUAUGGUAACAUCCAGAACAGACUUCCUCUUCCUGUCCCCUACAUCCAAAUAAAGGAAUGUAGGUGGCACUGUGCUCUAAACCAUUGAACCUCUUGUGCUUGCCGAUUGGAAGGUCGGCGGUUCGAAUCCCCACGAUGGGGUGAGCUCCUGUUGCUCUGUCCCAGCUUCUGCCAACCUAGCAAUUUGAAAGCAUAUACCAGUGCAAGUAGAUCCGCUGCAGCAGGAAGGUAAAUGGUGUUUCCAUAUGCUCUGGUUUCCAUCACGGUGUCCUAUUGCUCCAGAAGCGAUUUAGUCAUGCUAGCCACUUGACCCAGAAAACUGUCUGGACAAACACCGGCUCCCUCAGCCUGAAAGCGAGAUGAGCGCCGCACCCUGUAGUCGCCUUUGACUGGACUGAAUCAAAUAUGCCAUCAAAUUACCAUCCAAAUAUGCUCUUGAGAUGGGGAAGGGGAUCAGGGAAGCAUCUGAAAGAGGAAGUGUAGUAAUGGGUGACUUCAACCACCCUCACAUAGACUGGGUACAUGUGUUCUUGUCCUUACAAAUAGGUAAAAUUCCUAGAUGUCCAUGGGAACUGAGCAGAGACCCUGAACCUGUUGCCUAAUGUGUUGUUUGAGCACUUGGGAACAGUGACCACGGUGCUAUCAAAUACAAGAUAUGUAAAUGGCCAAUUGGUAAGAAAAUCUCUAACAUGGUUGCAUUUGUCUUCAAAAGACAAACUGCCCCCAAUAAGGGGAAAUUUUUAGAAAGGAAGUUGGGAGUUGUUGCAAAGCACAAUAUUAGAAGCUCAGCUAGAGUGUAUACCAUAGAUCAGGAAGGGAGCAGCAAGGCCAAUAGGAUGCUGGUUUGGUUAACAAACAGUCAGAGCUAUUGGAGGCAAGAAGGCAUCCUUCAAAAUAGAAGCCUCAUCCAAAUAUAUACAGAAACUUUAGCAAAAGAAACAAGCAGGAGCAUGUUGCUAAAAACUAAGAUCAAUAACAAAAUGUUCUUUAAUAAAUUAGCAGCAGGAGCAUGAGUAUGGCUCAGUUAGUAAAUGCAGUUGGCAUGAAGUGCUCCGUGUUGGAACAGAGGGUACAAUCAGGACUCUGAAGGUCAUUUAGCCCAACCUUCAAGACAGGAAUCUAUGGCCAUCGAACCUGAGCUGUACAGAAUAGUGGAACUAUUGCCUCUCAUGUGAUGUGAACACUGCUUCUAUUAAUAUAAUGUAUGAUUGCAUUUGCUUUUUUAGCAGCCGCAUCAUACUGCUGGCUCUUAGUUAUGGCUUCUGCGCGAUCUUUUCCCCAUAAACAGGGGGAAAGCAUGCUUUUAAGACUUAUGUCACACAUUGCCAGCUGCAGGGUGGUAGUGGUUGUGCCUGCUCUGCUUCUGCAUGACUUAAGAGGCAGCUGCCUCACCCCUAUGAACCAGCCUUCAAACUGGUGUUAACUCUGACAUUUGGAUUUUGGCUGUUAAUAUCUUCCGAUAAUUAACUUUGCCAAACAUGGCCCAGAUAUUGGCGCUUUUAAGCACUCUUUCCUGUUAGGUAUCAGUUUGCACAAAGAUGUAGCAUUUUUAAACCAGGCCACAAGACAAAAUCCAUUUGAUCCUUUCUCCUUGCUUUAAACAUUCAUCAGGAUAACAGGCAGGAAAAAGAGGAGAGAGAGAGAGAAACAGUCUUCUCUUUA